CUACUCUGUUCUGCUCCCCUUGGCCGCCGCUCUGCCACUACCGCCCUCCUUCUCCCUUAUGUACCAGUGAGGGUCCGCUUUGGCUCUGGUCUCGUACACGCCUACGUUGCUUACACUCAGCCUUGUGGUAACUUUACCUCUGCGACGAGUUUUAGCAUGUUUGGCUAGCGUGAUUGGUUUGUUUGGCUGACAUGCUAUGCUGGCAUGCUUAGGAAGCUUCACAUUAGCAUAGUGAAGGAAACUUUACUUACUAACUCGCCACUCCCACUCCUAUUGUACUCGAACUAGGAUUUUACUUAAUUCCCGUGGUUAAACAGGAGCACCCAGGGAUCGCCAAGAUACUAUCGCCUGUUUAACUCGGUAACCUAGAUAUUACGGCUUCAAAAAUUAAAUAUUAAGUAAGUUAUCGGAACCGAAUCAAGAAGUUUCAUUAACCUACAUGUUCCUCCUAGAACGGAGAAUUUUCAACAUUUGAACCAACAUUUCACAAACCUAAGUGACACCGAGUCGAAGUCUAUCAAGUUGUCUUCGUUUGCAAGCCAAACAAAAAUCAGUUCCAAUCCUUGUUACCGAAGACAAGCCGUGGCACUCCCCACACCCCCUGCACGACCAAACGAUGCUGCUGGCUUGGAACUCGGCAUCUCCAUGUUGCCUGCAAGGUUACCUCAUGUGAAAGAAUGACUCAUUUGCUGAGGUAAAAGGUAUAAAAGAACUCGAAUAUGAACCUAGCCCAAAAAAAGAGGUCAGCCUCCAGUCUGUCUGGGCUUGUCAUCAUUGCCCCUUGGCUCAGAGAUCCUUCGAUGCCUUCAUUGACUGAUUGGGGAUCGAACCCACCAAUACUUGUUUCGUUGAAGGAUGAUGAACCCAGCUCUUAAGUGACACCUUGUGUCGACUGGUAUUUCUGACUUCAGAUACGGGUAUUAACCUAGCCAGAAAAAAAAGAGGUGCUUAAAUGUUCGUGAUCAUGUACGAUGAAGCACGAGCCGAGAACUGGAAGGUAACGUGAACACCGAUUUGAGAUAUGGAGUAGCACGGUGAAGAAAGGAGAAUGGGAAUAAAACAUGGAACAAUAGACAACGAUGCGAAGGGCGUUGGAAAUUUCUGGCGCGGGUGGUGCAUAAAGAGAUGAAGGAAGAGCAGAGAACGAAGAGACCAGUAAAUUAAAGAGCGGCCAGAGUUGGUUCUACGGCAGGAUCACAAGAAGGAAGGCGAGGGAUGGAUUUCAUUUCCCAGCGCGUUAAUGAAAGAAGGAACAGCAUCAGAGUCGGCCAGUUACGAGGGAUAUAAGGGACACCUCCUCUCGACUCUAUCGCACCCGCCUACCACAAUUUCCUUGCCCGUGAGCAUAAGACAGCAAUUCCUUGUACGAAAGCAGGAGGAGCAACUACAUGACAACAAAUCGCGAAAGCAUCGAAACCUCUAAGCCCGAGCCGGCGAGACAAGACACGCCGACUACGAGCGCAGCAGCAGCUCAUCGGUAUUUUGGGUUAUUUUUUGGCGAUAGGAAAUAUCAUUGUCAAGAGGUGAGGGAAACGCAAGAAGGUGGCCUCAUGCAUACAAGACUUGCGACGGUGAGGAGCAAUAUCAUUACGAAGAUGCAUAUACUACCGUGUCUGAUGCUUUUACCAUCUUCAAAAACAACCGAAGUCGUAUUUUGUGAGUUUUUGUACAUAUAUAUAAUAGAGCAAUAGGAUGUGUAUGCUCAUCAA